AUGUCGGUAAGAAAUCGUACGGCACCCGGCCCCGACAGAAUAAGACCAGAACAACUGAAGAACCUUCCGCCAGUAUUCAUCAACACCCUGGCGAGCCUCUUUACACGUUACCUGUCGGAAUGCAAGGUUCCUAAACAGUGGAAGACCAGCAAGACCGUGUUGUGGUAUAAAAAGGGAGAUCCACAUGACAUCGGCAACUAUCGUCCAAUCUGCUUACUGUCCGUCAUCUACAAGCUCUUUACAAGAGUGAUCCUUAAUAGGAUUGAAAAAGUCUUGGAUGAAGGACAGCCAUGCGAGCAAGCAGGGUUUCGAAAAGGAUUCAGCACGAUUUACCACAUUCACACUGUUUCGAAACUCAUCGAGGUAUCACGAGAGUACAAGAUGCCGCUCUGUCUCACCUUCAUCGACUUGAAGAAGGCCUUUGACUCAGUUGAGACGGAAGCGGUCGUGGAAGCCUUGUACAACCAAGGCGUCCCUACACAGUACAUAAAGGUACUUCGAGAGUUGUACAGUGACUUCACGACCGGAAUUGCGCCAUUCUACAAGAAUAUCAUCAUUGACGUGAAGAGGGGGGUCCGACAGGGUGACACAAUCUCACCCAAAAUAUUCACAGCCACCCUCGAGAACUCAAUGUGA